AUGCGGGACCCGCGGGGCGCCGUCAAAGCCGCCCCUGGACCCGGUACGCCUUGUGCUGCCCGUGCCUGUUGCUGCCCGUGCCUGUGCUGCGCGUGCCUGUGCUGCCCGUGCCUGUUGCUGCCCGUGCCUGUGCUGCCCGUGCCUGUGCUGCCCGUGCCUGUGCUGCCCGUGCCUGUGCUGCCCGUGCCUGUUGCUGCCCGUGCCUGUGCUGCCCGUGCCUGUGCUGCCCGUGCCUGUGCUGCCCGUGCCUGUUGCUGCCCGUGCCUGUUGCUGCCCGUGCCUGUGCUGCCCGUGCCUGUGCUGCCCGUGCCUGUGCUGCCCGUGCCUGUGCUGCCCGUGCCUGCUGCCUGUGCCUGUUGCUGCCCGCGCCUAUUGCUGCCCGUGCCUGUGCUGCCCGUGCCUGUGCUGCCCGUGCCUGUGCUGCCCGUGCCUGUGCUGCCCGUGCCUGUGCUGCCCGUGCCUGUUGCUGCCCGUGCCUGUGCUGCCCGUGCCUGUGCUGCCCGUGCCUGUGCUGCCCGUGCCCGUGCUGCCCGUGCCUGUGCUGCCCGUGCCUGUUGCUGCCCGUGCCUGUGCUGUCCGUGCCUGUGCUGCCCGUGCCUGUGCUGCCUGUGCCUGUUGCUGCCCGUGCCUGUGCUGCUCGUGCCUGUGCUGCCCGUGCCUGUGCUGCCCGUGCCUGUGCUGCCCGUGCCUGUUGCUGCCCGUGCCUGUGCUGCCCGUGCCUGUGCUGCCCGUGCCUGUGCUGCCCGUGCCUGUUGCUGCCCGUGCCUGUGCUGCCCGUGUCUCUGCUGCCCGUGCCUGUGCUGCCCGUGCCUGUGCUGCCUGUGCCUGUUGCUGCCCGUGCCUGUGCUGCCCGUGCCUGUGCUGCCCGUGCCUGUUGCUGCCCGUGCCUGUGCUGCCCGUGCCUGUUGCUGCCCGUGCCUGUGCUGCCCGUGCCUGUGCUGCCCGUGCCUGUGCUGCCCGUGCCCGUGCUGCCCGUGCCUGUUGCUGCCCGUGCCUGUGCUGCCCGUGCCUGUGCUGCCCGUGCCUGUGCUGUCCGUGCCUGUGCUGCCCGUGCCUGUGCUGCCUGUGCCUGUUGCUGCCCGUGCCUGUGCUGCCCGUGCCUGUGCUGCCCGUGCCUGUGCUGCCCUCUCUCUUGCGGCUCUAGAGUGGAUAACCACCAUCCUACCCAUGGCUGAGGCUGAAGAUGUCGAACGCCUCCGCCGUGCAACUGAGCACCGGGAGAAGCGUAGCCGGCGUCGCGAGGCUCGCGUGGCGGAAUGGGUGGAGGAGAUCCGCGCGAUGUUCGACGACGAGUUUGAAGAUACCUUCCGUAUUACCCGCGAAGUCCUAGACCUCAUUGCCGAGCGAAUGGCCUACCCCAUGUCGCGUUUCGUGGAAGUGAAUGAGGUUCCCUUGUCACUGUGCUGUCUUAUACCCAUCAAGUAUUUUGCUAGCGCCAUGACGUUCCGCGAUUUGGGCCUCUUGUUUGGAUUGCCGCCAGGACUCAUCCACCGUAUCGUCGAUGCCUUCUUGGUAUGGUUUCCCUGCAAGUUCAAGCGUGACUGGGUGCAGUUUCCUACGGAGGAUGUGAGGGAGGAGAUGGCGCGCGACUUCCGUGCUAUCAAGGGAGUUCCCAACGUGAUUGGGGCGAUUGACGGGACCCACAUCGAGCUACGUGGCAUGGAGGCUCACCGUGGUGACUACUACAACCGGAAGCAGGUUUACAGUGUCCAACUUCAAGUGACAUGCGACUCAAAGGGGUUCAUCUGGGAUUACAACGUGGGCAAUCCUGGUUCAAUGCAUGAUCAAGGUGUUUUCUCAACAUCUGAUUUGCAUGGCAGGCUAGAGAGUGGGGAAAUCGCCCCCUAUCAGCUAGUAGGAGAUGCGGCAUACCCGCUGAAGCCUUACAUGCUCACCCCCCUUCACGCCCCACGCCGUCGCCUGAUGAAGAAAUGGGAGCAGACAUACAACUACGUGCAGUCUGCUACCCGCAUGGUCGUCGAGCCCACCAUCGGCGCGUUGAAGGGACGCUGGCGGCUCUUCGCGCGUAGGAACGAGAGCAAACUAUGGCGUGUAUGCGCUGGGACGGCCUGCAUCAUCAUCCUGCACAACAUGUUGCAGGUCGUUAGCACGCCGCGCAUGAAAACGCACAGUCAGCGCCGCUUUAUCUGGGCCGGGCUCCCUAACGGCUGGUGGACAAGAAGCGGCAUGGACAAGUACGAGUGGCAGAGCCUUGACAACCCUUCGUUGGCCGAUCUACGCGCGCGCAGGCAUCACUUCGGCAAACACAUCCAUCGCGCUUACCUCAGGCGUCACCGUGUGCGGACGUCGGCGCGCUAA